AUGAUAACAACUUCGAGAGCCUACUCGAAUGCCAGAAUGCGUGCGAAAACAUCAUUCCUGAACCACAAUGUCCGCAGGGAGAUGCUUUCAAAGACCAUCAGGGCAAUUACUUUGUGUGCUCGAAUUCUGGGACUGGUAACUCAUGCCCAGCCAACUACGAAUGCUACUUUGACGGCUACGUUUGGGGUUGUUGCCCAACAAAAGCUUACACAUACAUACAACAGGUUCGAAAACUUUUUUGAAAUUUUCAAUUUAUGCACCUCCUCACUGAAUCUUUCGAUUGCUACUGAUACNGAGUGUACGUCAGUGAACUCGGGUAGUAGUGUGGUCAAUAGAUGUUGUCCUACGAGAGCCUUCAUCUGUUCGCUGCCUCCACAACAAGGUAACUCAUGCAGUGCAUCAGCAGCGUCACGCUACUAUUUCAACAUCGUCACCAAGGAAUGCACUCAGUUUACGUACAAUGGUUGUAGCGGCAAUCUGAAUAAUUUCGCAACUGCAGAACAAUGCAACAACUUUUGUUUAUCGUCCGCGUGUAAGCCAGGCGAUGUGGCGUACGUGAAUCCGAACACUCGAAUGCCAUUCGAAUGUGAUGCAACGCUGCGGAAUAAUUGUCCAAAUAAUUUUGUUUGUACAUUCGAUCAAUUAUCUGGAAGUAGCGUGUGCUGUGGGUCCACAGAUAUGGAGGUUUGCCCUGCGGGUGAGAAGGCUUACGUGAAUGCAGUCGACAUGAACGUGCGUGAAUGCUUGAUCAAUAUGGAGAGUUCGUGUCCGUCGAAUUAUUUGUGCAGAUUCAACUCUCACAAGAAUCGUUACUAUUGUUGUGCAGCAGUGAGUGGAGAUUUGUGUCCCAAUGGCAAAUCGCUCUAUCGAGAUCCAUCAUCAAAAAGUCCAAUCAGAUGCACAAUUGAUAGCGGUAACAAUCAAUGUCCCUCUGGAUACAGUUGUCAAUCUGAGGUUGACGGUGCAUUCCAGGGAUAUUGCUGCUCAUCGCAUUAUUUGUGUCCUAACAAAGCUGAAUAUUACGUCGAAGAAAGUUCUCAAAUGCCACGCUCAUGCACACUCGGUGGCUUCAUCACGUGUCCGAGUGGUUACACUUGUCAAAGUGCACACUAUGAUUUCACAACUGGUCACUGCUGUAAAGGAGGGCAUGCAGCAGUCUCAGAUGGAUGUCCACCAAACGAGUACGCGUUCAUGAAGGGUGGUGAGAUCGCUUCAUGCGAUCCGUUCAACCACAAGAAUUCUCCGUGUCCAUCCGGCUAUUCAUGUCAAUGGUCCAUAGCCAACCAACGUUAUCAAUGUUGCGGCUCAGCACCAGUCAAUAUUCCAAAAAAGAAAACAUGUCAGUUAUGUAAUCGUUCGAACUUGAAAAUUGCCAAUUCUCUGUUUUACUCUACGAAUCAUUUUCCUCAAAUUCUCGUUUCUCAUAAGUACUUCAAGUAUAAUUUAUCAUAUGAUUUAUCAUCAAACUUCGAACGGAUUCUGCUCAGUAGAGCCGUGAGAGGUAGAAAUGAAAGCAAUAAAGCACCAGAAUAA